AUGAAGAUCGUUGUUGCUUUCCUGGCCAUCUGCCUGCUUUCCCUGCAGGGCAUCAGAGCUGCUCCCAACUCUGGCAGCUUCGAUGGCAACGACGUAGGAUCCAACAGCUUCAACAACAAUGGCAACAACCUCUAUGGUAGUGAAGGAAACGGUGGCAGCUUCGAUGACAACACUGCUGGCGACAACAGCUUCAACAACAAUGGGAAUAAUGAUGGCAACCCUGUAGUCUGGGAUUUGGGAAGUCUGCUUGGAAAAGAUGGUGGAAGUCUAAAGGAUUUAGGAAGUCUGCUUGGAAAAGAUGGUGGAAGUCUAAAGGACUUAGGAAGUUUGUUGGGUGGUGAUGGUGGCGGUCUAAAGGCUUUAGGAGGGUUGACUGGAGGGGAUGAUUCUGGAACUCUGGAGUUACUAGGUUCUUUACUUGGAAGUGGUGACCUACAGGAUCUUGGAGGAAAGAGUGGGGGAACACUGGAAAUGGUGAAGGAUGAAUUUGACUUCUAA